AUGACCAUAGUCUCAAAUGGUUCCGCUUCGUGGCCAGCCAUCAACGCAAAUCGUUUUUACAGCUAUUUUGUAGUUGCUGCCUUCGUUGUCGUUACUUAUGAUUGGGCACUCACAUUCGGACAAGAGAGGCAGCGCUGGUCGCUAGUAACAUUUCUGUAUCUCAUUGUGCGCUACCUUGGAAUCCUCUUUGCUGCCCUGGAAAUCCUGAUUGAUGUUCUGACCAUUUCGCUGACAGAUACAUUUACCGCGGUACCUUUUAGCAGUGGAUGUUGGAUUCUGUCCAUCGCAUGGAACUGGACGGGUAUUGCGGUAUUUGCAAUACUGUGGAUCAUCAUCAUCACUCGGUUAUAUGCCAUGUAUCAACGGUCCAGAAAGAUCGUGAUAUUUCUCAUUGUCGCCUUCCUGGUUAACACCAUCUUCAUUGGAGUGGUAGCUAUACUUAUAACGGCACAUGCUUCAGUGGAGGAGUUCAUUCUUUCCGGCACUUAUCAGUGCUUGAUUGGCUAUCUCCCACUUCUGAUUGCUGUUAUGUGGAUACUCACCACUGUGUGGGAGGUCUUCACACUGUGUCUCGCAGUCUGGAUUGCAGUAAAACACUUCCGUGAACUGCGACGACAUUCGACAGGAGGGAUUAUGAAGGACUGUUUCACGGUUUUGAUGAAAACUCACCUGCUUUACUUUGCGAGCUUUGUUGCUGUUUCUUGUCUCCAGCUCGUUAUUCCGACAUCGUCCUCAACGGAAUAUUCCCUGGACAUUCAUAUUUAUUAUGGGUUUCUUCGGAUUUUGGAGGUCGUGCAGAUGUUUGUGUUGGGACCACGCCUGAUCCUUGGCGUUCGAGAAUUUAACGCAAAGCUCGUGGCCGACUCUGACGCAGCAACUUGUAUGACCUCGAUCGCCUUCCAGGAGCGCGUGCAUAUAUCGACUGGCAAUACUGUGUCCGACAUUGACAAUGUUUCAACCAAUAUACUGGAUACCCCUACUGUACCUACGAAGGAAAGCGGUGUACUGAACGGAAAGGUCGAGGAGUAA